UUCAACAAAAAAAAAUCUAACACUAAAAACUAACAUUUCCUUUGAUAUAUCUCUCUCUUCAUAAUUUCAUCCUAUGUUCUUGCUUUCUCUUCCUUCUCUUCACUGACCCCUUCGCAUUCUCUCUCUACUUUUCUUCUCUUUUUCUGCUUAAUUCAUAUUAUCUUGAGAAUCUUUUCAACAAUCAGCCUUCCUUUUCAUGUGCAGGGAGGAUGAUUAAUUUGAUUAGAGUGAAAGAAAAACAGAGAGCAACUGCUGAAAAUGCUAAUGGUCAGCCUCCCGUUAAGAAGCAAACAGCUGGAGAGUUGCGUCUUCAUAAAGAUAUCACUGAACUGAAUCUGUCCAAGUCUUGCAACAUAUCAUUUCCCAAUGGAAAGGAUGAUCUGAUGAACUUUGAAGUUACCAUUCGUCCCGAUGAAGGAUAUUAUCUAGGUGGCACAUUUGUGUUCACCUUCCAAGUUCCAUCUGUAUACCCUUACGAGCCACCUAAGGUCAAGUGCAAGACGAAGGUGUACCAUCCUAACAUCGACCUAGAAGGUAAUGUUUGCCUUAACAUUCUAAGAGAAGACUGGAAACCUGUUUUGAACAUCAACACCGUAAUCUAUGGCCUGUUUCACCUCUUCACGCAACCAAAUUACGAAGAUCCUCUAAAUCAUGAUGCUGCAGCUGUGUUGAGGGAUAGUCCAAAAAUGUUUGAAUCUAAUGUUAGAAGAGCUAUGGCUGGGGGUUAUGUCGGGCAAACUUACUUUACGAGGUGCAUUUCCUGAGAGUUAUCCCAUAAAUUCUGCAUCGGUUUCAGGCAUGUAUAUGGUAUGCUUGCUGUACUUUGUGUUGCAACGAGAAAUUAGCAAAGUGACUAAAAAUUCCAUAGUAAACUUUGGUUUGCUCUAGUUAUGCAAACAUUUGUGGUCUUCGCUUUUCGUCGUCAUAUGUAAUGUAACUAUGUAAGUACUACUAGUGGGGAAGAUAACAAAUCACAUCUUGUGUAGAGGAGCUGUAAAAUGUCAAUUGUGCAAGUUUUUUUACACAUUUAAGUCUGCUUUUGGUUGUC